AUGUUCCAUUCAAUAAUUUUUUCGAUCCCACAGUUUUUCUUAUUAAUUCAAACAACGCAGUCAACUUUUAAUUCUUUAAAAUCGAUUGUGAUUCAAGUUAAAGGUGAUUGUGCAAUUAUUGGUGAUAAAAUUGCUCAAGAACAUGGAUAUCGCUAUGUUCGACAGAUUUUUGAUGGCUAUUGUGAAAUAGAAGAAGAUCCGUCAUCUCCAAAUCAUAUACGUCAUCGACGAGCUAUCGAAAAUGGUAUUGAUCCAGCUCACAUUCUUCUCAAUCAUGAACAUGUUGAGUGGGCUGAAAGUCAAAUACCAAAAAAACGACAGAAACGUGAUUAUGUUUAUAAUGAUCCAGAGUGGGAGAAGAUGUGGUACCUGGUGAGACAUUCACGUACGCCUAAUUUACCGGAUUUAAACGUAACGGGAGCUUGGACAAUGGGUUAUACAGGCCGAGGAAGCGUUGUAACUUUUCUUGAUGAUGGUUUGGAAUACGACCAUCCGGAUUUACUUGAAAAUUAUGAUAAAGAAGCAAGUACCGAUAUUAAUGGCGGUGAUGAUGAUCCCUCACCACGUUAUGAACCCUCCAAUGAGAACAAACAUGGAACUCGAUGUGCUGGUGAAGUAUCAGCCAAAGCAAAUAACCAAAUAUGUGGAGUUGGUAUUGCUCAUCACGCUCGAGUAGGUGGCAUUCGAAUGUUAGAUGGUGAUGUAACAGAUAGUGUUGAAGCACGAUCGAUUAGUCAUAGGCCUGAUCAUGUUGACAUUUAUUCUGCUAGUUGGGGACCAGAUGAUAAUGGUCUUGUUGUCGAUGGACCUGGCGUAUUGGCUAGGAAAGCAUUUGAAAAUGGUAUUUUAAACGGUCGAGGUGGCAAAGGAUCAAUAUUUGUUUGGGCGAGUGGUAAUGGUGGUCGUUCAUCGGAUUCAUGUGCUUGUGAUGGUUACAUAACUUCGAUUUAUACAAUUGCUGUUAGUUCUGUAACAGAAACAGGAACCAAACCAUGGUUUCUUGAAGAAUGUUCAGCUACUCUUGCCUCAGCAUAUAGCAGUGGUCAAGGGGGUACUGGCGAUCACGACAUAAUUACUACAGAUUUACAUCAUGGCUGUACAGAACAUCAUACUGGAACAUCAGCAGCUGCACCUUUAGCUGCAGCCAUUUACGCCCUUGUUCUCGAAGCAAAUCCUAAAUUAACAUGGCGUGAUAUUAUGCAUAUAACAGUUCUCGGUUCUCGUUCCAAUGUCAUUCCAUCAAAUACAGAAAUAGUUAAAAAUGCAGCUGGAUUCAAUGUCAGUAGUAAAUAUGGUUUUGGUUUGAUGGAUGCUGGUCUAAUGACAUGGUAUGCAAGUGGUUGGAAAAAUGUUCCUGCCAUGUCAUCAUGCGAAACACCGACUAGUAAUCCAAAGAAGACUAUAGCAGCUCAUUCAGCUGAAAUAUUUUCUAUGGACUCAAACGAAUGUAAACUUGAUAGUGAUAUUAAACGUCAAGUGAAUCAUAUUGAACAAGUACAAGUAUUCAUAACUUUAACAGCUACUUUUCGGGGGACAAUAGAAAUCUAUCUUGAUUCACCAGCAAAUACAACAACACAACUUUUACCGAAACGUGAUCGCGAUCGUAAUGAUCAAGGUUUUUCCAAUUGGGCUUUCUUAACAGUGCAAUUAUGGGGUGAAAGUCCUCAUGGAGAAUGGAGAUUAAAAGUAUCUAAUACAGGUGAUGGAUCAGCUGUAUUAGAAUCUUGGCGAGUGGUGGUUCAUGGUACGCGUGAAUAUCCUAUAUCAGCUCGUUCGUCACCGGAAAUAACUCGACCCGACUGUCAUGUCGAAUGUAAUGUUAACGACACAUGUGGUAAUACUGAUACGAGUUGUGCAUCAUGCCGCCAUUACAAACAACCACUAGCCGAUGGAAAAUUCCGCUGUGUAGGCAUUUGUCCCGAAGGUAGUUACUCGUCUGCAGCCGAUAAAUCAUGUUAUCCUUGCCAUCCACAGUGUGGUUCCUGUAGAAAUGCAAGUGAAAACAGUUGUGUUAGUUGUAAAAUUGGCUUUUUUCUUAUACAUGAUACUAUGCUUUGCGUUGAUUCGUGUCCUCCUAACUAUUAUAUUGAUCGUAAACUUCGAAAAUGUGUUCGUUGUAAAUCUGAUUGUGCAUCAUGUGAUACGAAUUCUUAUAUAUGCUCGUCGUGCCCAAAUGGUUACGCCCUCAAGGAUGCUGAUUGUGUAAAGGCAGCGCAAGCAUGUAAACCAGAAGAAUAUUUUGAUUUUACUACAAAUACUUGUCGAUGGUGUGAUUCUCGAUGUAAGACUUGUAGUGGAUCUCAAGCUUAUCAAUGUACUUCAUGUGAUACUAAUAGCAAAUUUCGUUUUCUUCAAUAUCAUACAUGUGUUAAUGCGUGUUCACCGGGAUUUUAUCGUUCGGAAGCGACUUCUCAAUGUCUUUCAUGUCAUGAAACAUGUUCGGAUUGUACAUCAUCCAAUGAUUCAGCGUGUUUAUCAUGUAAACUAGGUUAUGACUAUGUUCCUGAUACUCAUCGUUGCGAAAAACAUAUCGGUAAACCAUAUUAUAUUGACCCUAAAACAGGUGAAAAACGAACAUGUCAUGGCUCAUGUACGCAAUGCAAAGGUCCACAACCAAAUGAUUGCAUUGCUUGCAACCCAAUAACAGAAGUUCUUCUUGAGGAGGGACACUGCGUUAAUGAAUGUCCAUCGGGUACUUUUGUGAAUGCAACACAAACAGAUAGUCUUCCAAUAAAUAUUUGUUUACCGUGUUUAACUGGAUGCAAAAAAUGUACUAGUUCAGAGCUUUGCAUUGAAUGUGAUUCAUCGAAAGGAUACAAUAUAAGUGGUCUAUACUGCACUCCAACAUGUCUAGCUGGGACUUUCCUAUUGAACACUAAAUGUGUACCAUGCCAAGAUCCGUGUGUUACAUGUUCGAAUGCAAGCAGUUGUUUAACAUGUAAGAACAACUUAUUUCUACUGCAUGAUCAAUGUGUUAAAAAAUGUCCUGAUGGGUAUUAUUUAAAUAAGAAAGAAUGUCUUCAAUGUCAUCCUAUUUGUGGUAACUGCACAGGAUCAUCGGAAUACGAUUGUGAAAUGUGUGCCGAUGGAUUUAUUUUUGAUAAAAAACAAAAUCGAUGUCUAAGCUUGUGUCCAAAUGGAAAUUUUUAUGAUAAAUUCGAUGAAAUGUGCAAGAUGUGUACAAGCAAUUGUCUUGAGUGUUUAUAUCCUGGCUCCUAUUGUCGUCAAUGUUCUUAUCCACUAUCACUUGAUAUGUCUACUCAUCAAUGUGUAUCUUGUUGUACUGCGAAUCUCAGCAACUCCGAUUGUUGUCAAUGUCCGUCGAUCUGGGAUGGUUUUUGUGUUCAUCCACUAGCACUUCCGUCAACUUCGAAAUGGUGGUUAACUGCUCCUAUCGAUGAAAUUCGCGAUAAAUUUUCUAAAUUAGAUCACUCUCGUCAAACUGUUAUUAUGGUUCUACUAAUGUUUAAAUUUUCUUGUAAUUGCUGGAAAUCUAGAAAUAACCAACAUAAGGGCGCUGAUUAUAUUUUGCUAGGAGAUUUAGACGAAGAUUAA